CAGUCGUCGACGCGCCCCCGCGCGGCCUUCUCGUCUGUAGUGUAUAACGCGCCGCCCGCGAUGAGCGCUCCCCGCACCGCUUGACGGACUCCGCUGCUCCGCUGCUCUCUUUACGCUGACUGCCGAACCGCGACCUCACUAUCAUGAAUUAACCGCUUCGACACCACUUUGGACUUCGUUCGCUGCGUACCCAUCCGGUCGCGGAGUGUGCGGGCGGGUGCGGGGGUGGUGGUGCGGCGGCGGCGGGGGGCGCGCGCGGCCGCGGCGCCAUGCGCUGACGCCAUGCGGCGGCCGACAUGCCGCGUCGCGCUCCGCAACACGCGGCUCCGCUGCUGCUGCUGCUCGCGCUCGCCGGAUGUGCCGGCAACCCCGACGCGAAGCGGCUGUACGACGAUCUGCUCAGCAAUUAUAACAAGUUGGUGCGGCCUGUACUCAACGUCAGCGACGCGCUCACCGUGCGCAUCAAGCUCAAGCUGAGCCAGCUCAUCGACGUGAAUCUCAAGAAUCAAAUAAUGACAACCAAUCUAUGGGUGGAACAGAGCUGGUACGACUACAAGCUUUCGUGGGAGCCGCGCGAGUACGGCGGCGUGGAAAUGCUGCACGUGCCUUCCGACCACAUCUGGCGGCCCGACAUCGUGCUUUACAACAAUGCUGACGGCAACUUUGAGGUGACGCUGGCGACUAAGGCGACGCUCAAUUACACCGGCCGAGUGGAGUGGCGUCCGCCCGCCAUCUACAAGUCCUCGUGCGAGAUCGACGUAGAGUACUUUCCAUUCGACCAGCAGACGUGCGUCAUGAAGUUUGGCUCGUGGACCUACGACGGGUUUCAGGUAGAUCUGCGACAUAUCGAUGAAGUGCGAGGCACCAACGUCGUGGAGUUGGGCGUCGACCUCUCCGAGUUUUACACCUCUGUCGAGUGGGACAUCCUGGAGGUGCCCGCCGUCCGAAAUGAAAAGUUCUACACGUGCUGCGACGAGCCCUAUCUAGAUAUAACUUUCAACAUCACGAUGCGCCGCAAAACACUCUUCUACACCGUUAAUCUGAUCAUUCCGUGCAUGGGAAUAUCGUUCCUGACGGUCCUGGUAUUUUACUUGCCUUCGGACAGUGGCGAGAAGGUAUCGCUGUCCAUAUCGAUCCUACUGUCGCUCACCGUGUUCUUCCUGCUGUUGGCCGAGAUCAUUCCACCGACUUCGCUGGUGGUGCCACUGCUUGGCAAGUUUGUUCUCUUCACCAUGAUCCUCGAUACGUUCAGCAUAUGCGUGACUGUGGUGGUAUUGAAUGUGCACUUCCGCUCGCCACAGACGCACACAAUGUCGCCGUGGGUGCGGCGCGUGUUCAUCCACGUGCUGCCGCGGCUCCUGGUCAUGCGCCGCCCGCACUACCGACUCGACCCGCACCGCAGUCGCUUCGCAGGACUGGUGACCGGCGCUGGCGAGACCACACUAUGGGACGAGGGCUCGCCGGGCGUGCCGGCUCCGCCCCGUCCGCCGCCCUGCGCACCCCCGCUGGCGCCCUGCGCCGCCUGCGCGCCCGCUGAGGCGCCGGCGCUCUGCGACGCGCUGCGCCGGUGGCACCGGUGUCCCGAGCUACAUAAGGCUAUUGACGGCAUCAAUUAUAUUGCCGACCAAACUAGGAAAGAGGAAGAGUCCACUAGGGUGAAAGAGGACUGGAAGUACGUAGCGAUGGUACUCGACAGACUAUUCCUGUGGAUAUUCACGCUAGCGGUGGUGGUGGGCUCGGCGGGCAUCAUCCUGCAGGCGCCGACGCUGUACGACGAGCGCGCGCCCAUCGACGUGCGCCUGUCGGAGAUAGCGUACACGGCCGCCAAGCCGCGCCCACCGCCGCCACGCUGAGCGGGUCUCGCGUCACGUGCUACGUGUCACGCGUGACGCGUCACGCAUCACGCGUCACGCGUCACGCGUCGGCGUCUCUCGACGGGCUCCAGUGAUUCUCGCUCGUAUUUUCGAUUCACGCAAAUUCGAAUUUGCAAUAUUGUACAUAGUAUACAUAAUUAUUAUAGUUUAUACAAAGAAACACCGCGAUCGAUUCUAAGUCGAAUUUCUUUUGAUAGAGACGAAAUAAAAUGAUCGUUUGUA